AUGCAGAAGAUCCUUUGGGAUCGCCGCCUGGUACUUAGGAUUCUCGACUCCAUAAAGGUUCCCACCCCAAAACGUCUUGAGGUUUCCAGAGACGGCGGUCCAUAUCUCACGAGCGACCUGGCAUACCAUAUGGAGCUAAAGACGAGCAUCAAAGUUCCCCCGCAAGGCGAAUGGAAAAUGCCCCAAAAGGUGGAGCUAUCCGAAGACGGAGAGACCCUCACAGUGGACGGAAAGACAUUAAAGAAGCCUUAUGUGGAGAAACCGGUGAAUGGUGAGGACCACAACAUUCAUAUCUACUUUGCCGACGGCAAGGGAGGGCGCAGGCUCUUCCGAAAAGUCGGUAACAAGAGCAGCGAGUACGACCCGAACAUGAGCGAGCCAAGGAUGAUGGGUAGCUUCAUCUAUGAACAGUUCAUGGACGUCGACAAUAGCGAGGAUGUAAAGGCCUAUACGGUUGGUUCAGAGUAUUGCCAUGCGGAAACGCGGAAGAGUCCAGUUGUGGAUGGCUUGGUGAGGAGAAACACAUAUGGGAAGGAGAUCCGUUUCGUCACCAAGCUCUCCAAGGAAGAGGCGGGAAUGGCCACAAGGAUUUGCGAGACAUUCGGACAAGCCGUCUGCGGAUUCGACUUGUUAAGAGUACAUGGCAAGAGCUAUGUCAUCGAUGUCAACGGAUGGAGUUUUGUUAAGGACAAUAACGACUACUACCACAACUGCGCUACUAUCCUCCGUCAGAUGUUCAUCAAGGCUAUCCAAGAUAAAGCACUCAAAGAAAGUUUGAAGGAGUCUGGAGCUAUGGCGACAGCGGUUGCGACAGCAGAGAAAAGUCCUAACCGUCGUGGAAGCGGCGGGAAAAAGAGCGAUAUGAAUCGUAGAUCCACUCUCCAAAACCUUCUGUCUCGCUCACCCUCUGCCUCGAGGUUAUCGAACCACCACCAACAGCAACCCCUUACCUCUGCAUCGACAACCAAUCCUACCCCGGGCCAGGUCCCCACUCCAGAAGUUGCAGCUGCCGCAUCUACUCCGGCUGUUGCAGCCCUCGAGAAUAUGACCGAGGAGGCCCGCGAAAAAGCUCUGCCUGUCGCUCCACAGCAUAGUUGGAAGUUGAAGGGGAUGGUAGCUGUUUUGAGACAUGCAGAUAGGACGCCCAAGCAGAAGUUCAAAUUCACCUUCCACUCCAAGCCGUUUGUAGAUCUUCUCAAGGGCCAUACUGAGGAGGUUAUGCUCAUCGAAGGAGGACUUCAAGAUGUUAUUGAGGCCACUAGAAUCGCCAUCGAGGGUAAGACAGAGGACAUGGAGAAGCUUGCAGUUCUUAAGAAUGCGCUAGAUAGAAAAGUUGGGUUUGCUGGAACAAAGGUGCAGAUCAAGCCGUUAUUCUUGAAAGAAGGUAAAAAGAAGGAUAAGGGCAAAGGAAAGGCUGGUGAAGAUAAGGCAGGGAGCAAUGGAGCUUCGUUGGACAGCAGCGAAUCCGAUAACCUUACGAGGGUUUCGAGCUCAAGCUCUAACGAUCCCGAAGGGCCAAAGCCAACGGUGGAGAAACUGCAGCUAAUAAUCAAGUGGGGAGGCGAACCUACGCACAGUGCGAGAUAUCAGAGCCAAGACCUUGGAGAGAGUUACAGAAAAGAUCUUCUGUUGAUGAACAAAGAAGCACUAGGUGAUGUUAGUGUUUUUACCAGUUCAGAGAGACGGGUUUCUACUAGUGCACAAAUUUGGACGGCGAGCUUCCUGGAUCAGAAGGUCCCAGAUGAUUUUGUCCGUGUUAGGAAAGAUUUGCUCGAUGACUCGAAUGCAGCAAAGGACGAUAUGGAUAGGGUCAAGAAAGAGUUGAAGUCGCUCCUCCGUCAAGGAUCCAAACCGCCUCCGCAAUUUACCUGGCCCAAGGAGAAUAUGCCCGAGCCAGCGGUCGUCCUUCAGCAGGUAGUUUCACUCAUGAAAUUCCACCGUCGUGUCAUGCUCCAGAACUAUUCACGCCUCUUUGGAUCCCCCGACCCAGAAACCGCUGGGAGAGAUACUCUCGCGGCGUCGGCAAACAUCCAAUCCCGUUGGUGUUGUGGCGAGGACCCUGAGCUAUUCAAAGAACGUUGGGAGAAAUUGUUUGCAGAGUUUUGUGAUCCUGAGAAGGUUGACCCCAGUAAGAUCUCGGAGCUUUAUGAUACCAUGAAGUAUGACGCACUUCACAACCGCCAGUUCCUGGAGGCCAUCUUUAUGCCGAGUGAUGCUAUGCUCGAGGCUGAGAGCUCUGAGGUUGCUGUUAUUGAUGAGGAUGACGGCCGUAAGAGCUCACUCACCCUGAGUACCGAUGAGCAGAGGUCUAUGCCCCCAGCGACCUCUAGCAAGAGAGAAAGACUUGGUGCUCUGAGACGCAGGAGCUUGCUCAGCACGGGUUUGAGGCCAGUAAUUGUACCAGAGGAAGAGGCGGGGAGGAACUAUGCAAGCACUAGGGAGGAAGGAAAGGCAAAGAGCGACACAAGGCUCUCAAAGUUGAGAGAGCUCUAUAGGCUCGCCAAGGCACUUUUUGACUUUGUGUCCCCCCAGGAGUAUGGUAUCGGAGAUGAGGAAAAGUUGGAGAUUGGGCUCUUGACCAGUCUGCCGCUGUUGAAGCAGAUUGUGAAGGAUCUGGAAAACGUCCAGGCGGCAGAGAACGCAAAGUCUUUCAUCUACUUCACCAAAGAAUCUCACAUUUAUACCCUGCUCAAUUGCAUCAUCGAAGGUGGCCUCCCCACAAAGAUGGCAAGGAAUACCAUCCCCGAGUUGGAUUACUUGACCCAGAUUUGCUUUGAGCUCUACGAGUCCGAGACUAAGACCGAGCCCGGCGAGAACCCUGACGACCCGAACGUAUCCAGCUACAGCAUCCGUGUUUCUAUCUCCCCCGGGUGCCACAGCAACGACCCGCUCUACAUGAGCCUCGACUCCAAGCACUGCAUCGGCUGCGCACCGAGGAAGAGCCUCACGAGCCAUCUGGACUGGAAGUAUGUCGUUGAGACCUUGAGGGAGAAGUUCCACCGUGUCAAGCUUCCCAGCAAGUUCAUCCCCAUCAACCUCGGCGAGGCGAGCAUGAAGCGUAACGGCAGCAUGAAGAGCGGCAUCACCGGAAACGAUGAAAGGGACGAUGCUCUGAGAGGGGCGGUGGCAAACUCGACUAUCGAUGAGGCGGUCGAGAUGGAGUAUGAAGACGAGGUAGAGGCGGAGGCGGGGAUGGAUGCCGAGGCUGCGGGUGCAGCUGAGGUUGAGAGGGAGAAUGAGGACGCACCUGUAGAGAGUGCAACCGCUUAG